GUCGCUUUGUAGUGCACUACAAUUCAGAGUAUGGGCUCUGCUGUCAGUCUUGUUCAGCGCAACUGGAAGGUACAGAACCCUCCGGAAGCUGCGAAGCUCAACAAAGGGGUGCUCCGCUGUGGGAUCCUAGGGGCAGCAAGAAUCGCUCCAUCUGCAUUGAUCUUACCUGCGAAGAGCCACCCCGAGAUCACGAUUCACGCUGUUGCAUCUAGGGAUAAGACAAAGGCCGAAUUGUUUGGUAAGAAAUAUGGUAUUCCAAAAGUCUUUUUCGGUGCCACAGCCUACCAAGAUAUGCUGGAUGACCCAGAGAUCGACGUUGUAUACAACCCAUUACCAAAUGGACUACACUUUGAAUGGACAUUGAAAGCAUUGAAGGCGGGAAAGCAUGUACUGCUCGAGAAACCUAGUACCAAUACAGAAGAAGAUACGAGAUUUCUGUUUGACUAUGCGGAGAAGAAGGGGCUUGUUCUUCUGGAGGCAUUUCACCCUCGCUUUCAUCCGUGCAUAAAUCGCAUCAAGGAGAUAAUCAAAAGCGGAGAACUGGGCAAGCUCAAGAGUAUUACCUGUACUCUUUGGCUUCCCUGGCAGGCCGCGAAAAUGAUGUUUAACGAUGACGAUAUUCGUUUUAAAAUCGAGCUUGGCGGAGGCGCCCUCAUGGACAUGGGCUGCUAUCCACUGGCUAUGUCGCGCUAUAUUACGGAUGCCGAACCUUUGGACGUGAUAUCAGUACAAGCCGAAUUAUUCCCCAAUCCGAAAGAUGACCCGUCCAAACGCAACAUCGACAUUGGUACCACUGCAUUGCUUUCAUUCCCUAAUGAUGUCACCGCAUCCAUUGCGUGCCACUGCCGUCAGCCUGGAUGGGGUCCAUUCGGGCUUCUUCCGAGCAUACCCGGAGUUAUAUGCAAAGCAGAGUGCGAGGGCGGUACAGUUGAGACAAACAACUAUGCUGGACCGCAUAUGUAUCACUAUAUCACCGUCGUGCCUAAGGGAGAUCAAGGAAAGAAGCGCGUUGAAAAGGCAUAUACAUUCCCAGAUGGCUUCGGAGAGCCUUGGUGGAGCACCUACCGGUAUCAGCUUGAAUUCUUUGUUGACAAGGUCAAGGGUCGGCAGCCACGAUUAUGGAUGGAUGGCAAUGAUUCUACGUUAAAUAUGAGAUGGAUCGAGAGGAUAUAUGAAAAGACUGGACUGGGAAGUCGACCCAAGUCAGACUUUAAUCUAUCGGAAUGAUGUUUUUCGACGAGAUAGCCGUUGAGUCCGGGACGCUUUAUUUAUUAUACUAUACAUCCUAACACAUCUCUAAAACCCCGGAAAGACGGUGAACAACAAAUCAAUUUGUA